AUGCAGCAACUAGCAAGAAUGGUGGUCGUGGUGAUGGCGGAUUUGGUGUGUUGGGUGGCUGACCUGGCCUGGAUUUUACCCCCAAGAACCCAGUAUUGCAGGAGUGUUAUGAUGACUUCAUCUAUGCUCUACUAUGCAAAUAUGCCCUUGAGCAUUCCACGAAUGCUGAGAGUGAGGGCGAGUAAUUCAAAUGAUAAUGUACCUAUAAAGAAGAUGGGAAUGAGCGUCGAGGAGUGCGAGGCUUCCGUCGUUGCAGGAAAUAUCCCGGAAGCACCCCCGGCACCCCCCAAACCAGCGGCUCCAGCUGGUACCCCAGUGGUGCCUUCACUUUCGCUUAGUCGUCGCCCUCGUCGAAAUCGUAGGUCACCUGCUCUGAGGGCUGCAUUCCAAGAAACAAGUUUAAGCCCUGCAAAUUUGGUAUAUCCACUUUUCAUUCACGAAGGUGAAGAAGACACGCCAAUUGGGGCAAUGCCUGGAUGUUAUAGGCUUGGUUGGAGGCAUGGACUUGUAGAAGAGGUCUCUAAGGCUCGAGAUGUUGGUGUUAACAGCAUUGUGCUGUUUCCAAAAGUUCCAGAUGCUUUAAAGUCCUCUACAGGAGAUGAAGCAUACAAUGAAAAUGGUUUAGUGCCUCGAACAAUACAGCUUCUAAAAGACAAGUACCCUGAUCUUAUUAUCUACACUGAUGUUGCAUUAGAUCCCUAUUCUUCCGAUGGGCAUGAUGGCAUCGUCAGAGAAGAUGGAGUUAUAAUGAAUGAUGAAACUGUGCAUCAGUUGUGUAAACAGGCAGUCGCCCAGGCCAGAGCAGGGGCGGAUGUUAUCAGCCCCAGUGACAUGAUGGAUGGCCGUGUAGGAGCAAUUAGAGCAGCUCUUGAUGCCAAUGGCUUUCAGCAUGUUUCUAUUAUGUCCUACACUGCAAAGUAUGCAAGUUCAUUCUAUGGACCUUUCCGAGAAGCAUUAGACUCAAACCCACGUUUUGGUGACAAGAAAACGUAUCAGAUGAAUCCCGCUAAUUAUAGAGAAGCUCUGAUUGAAACCCGCGAAGAUGAGUCUGAAGGAGCCGAUAUCCUUCUGGUGAAACCGGGUCUGCCUUACUUGGAUAUAAUAAGGCUUUUGCGAGAUAACUCUCCUUUGCCCAUUGCUGCAUAUCAGGUUUCUGGGGAAUACUCCAUGAUUAAGGCUGGUGGGGUUCUCAAAAUGAUUGAUGAAGAGAGAGUCAUGAUGGAGUCGCUGAUGUGUCUGAGACGAGCUGGUGCUGACAUCAUCCUCACGUAUUUUGCUCUACAAGCUGCUCGAUGCUUAUGUGGGGAGAAAAGGUAA